AAAGAAAUAUCAUGGAUUCCUCAGACCGAGUUUGCACAGUACGAGGACAUUACACCCAAAGGAAGAUGUACAUACAGUUUCGCGGUAGUACGCGAUUUGCUUUUCUGUUAUUUCUUUUCGUCUCUAAACUUUGAAACAUUUUCAAAGCUCACUGGACUUGCAGUUGGAUACAUCGUAUCUACCGUUCGUGCAUAUUUAAAGCGAACGAUUUACGGUAUUAUUAUUGAGUUUCAAAGAAGGGAGAAGACCGCACUUGUUCCUUCUUUUUAUCAAAACUGUGGACCUCCCAGUCUUUACGCAGCUAUUUUAUGAUUCACGUCGAGUUAUCGUUGAGACACACAUUUGUGGCGGAAGUAUAUUUUUUAAUUUGCUGAAAAUAUCCGCGUUAUUGUACAAACUUGGAUACUUUUGUUCGUGCAUACAGAAAUAUAAAAAAGUAUGAUUCGGAAGAGUACAAUCAAUCGCACGACAGAAAUUAUGUUUACUCUUUUCGGUAUCUGGCCAGGUACCUCGUGUAUUCAGAUUCGCAGAAUAUUUUGGUUUAUUACGAUAAUAAUUGUUCAGUUUCUCCAUUACCGAUAUCUUUUAACACAUUUUUAUUCCGAUGAUCUUUUCAAUUUGAUGGACUGUUUAAGCAGCUUCCUAGCAUACGCAAAGGUGAUGACUAAAUUUAUUGUGUUUUGGUUCAAUCAAAGAAAAUUCAUCGAGACCUUGGCAAUGAUGGCGGAAGACUGGAACGACUGUCCUAACAAUGAAAUCAGCAUGCAGGAAACUAUAUGCAAAGCGAAAUUAUCGGAUCGUAUUGCUAACGCGAUAAUCAUUCUUCAUACGUUAAGCGUUGUUACAUAUGGCACACGUAUCAUCCUAGCCGAUGUUGAUAUCACCGAUAGCACAUCAAUUCCACCCUACAUUCACAAAGUGGAACUUCCCUUCGACGUAAAUACACAACGAGCAUAUAAAAUGGUUUUAAUCACGCAAUUCACGUAUCUUAUAAUGUGCAGCUGGGCUGCUGGUGCUGUAAACGCCCUGCUUCUAACUUUGAUUUUGCAUAUAGGCGGCCAAGUGGAUAUCCUGCGUUGUUUGUUAACAGAUCUUGUAUCCAAAGAGGAUGGGAGAAAACGUACAAUUGUUACAACGGGCGAAAUUAUUCGAAAGCAUCAGAAAAUUAUCAAUUUCUCGCAGAAUGUUGAGAAUCUGUACACGUAUAUCGCGUUGCUACAAUUCGCCUCAAACACGAUAAUAAUUUGCUCGCUGGGAUUUCUCAUCGUAUGCGCGAUCGGUACACCCGAUGCGACACAGCAAAUAAUAAGGUCUGUUUUAUUUUACAUCAUAACAAAUCUUGAAGCGUUUAUAUUUUGCUUUGCUGGAGAAUAUUUAAAUAACAAGAGCAAAGCGAUCGGAGUUGCAGCAUACAAUUCUGCAUGGUACAACUUAAAACCUGAAGACGGUCGUAUUUUAUCAUUUAUAAUAUUAAGAUCGCAAAAACAGUUGACGCUUACUGUUGGAAAAAUGAUGGAUCUCUCUUUAGAAUAUUUCGCAAGUUCACUCUCAUUUUGUUCAGAGGAAAAACGCGGUUUAUCUUUCGUCAGAUUUAUCGUCAGACGCAUCGUCGAUCGCGUUAUAGCAUGGAUUAUUAAUCGGAAAUUAAAACGUUUAAUGAUGUUCGCGAAUACAAUAACUCGCUCGAUCGAGAUAGGACUUCGGGUUGCCGGUAUCUGGCCGAAUGUCUCUUACACGAUCGCCAGUCGACUUUUGUGGACUAUGACGAUGAUAGCCGCGCAGACCUUUCAGUAUCGCCACAUGGUAUUGCAUCUUCAUUCCGAGGAUCUGUCACCUCUGAUGGAUGGGUUGAGCGCGACGCUGUCGUACAGUUUAUUGUGUGUCAAGUUGAUUGUUUUCUGGACGAAACAACGAAUAUUCCACGACGUGUUAAGGGCCAUCGCGACGGACUGGAAGGAAUGCGAGGACGUCGGCGAAGCUCUGUGUACUAUGACUAGCGUGGCCAACUUGUGCCAUCGUUUCUCCAAUUCGAUCAUCGGCUUGCACUCGAUGGCUGUGUUGUUCUAUUGUAUCGGCGUCGUUGCUUUGAGUAACCACGACGGCAUCGCCGAGCGCGAACUUUUCCUCAAGAUGGAGUUACCCUUCGAGAGUGGCACGUCGCCAGUUUACGAGCUCGUCAUGACCACGCAGUUCCUUCAUCAGAUGACGUCCGCCACCGUGAUCGGCGUACUCAGCGCCCUGCUAGUUACGCUGGUACUGCACGCAGGCGGACAGAUAGAUAUCCUGCGUGAAAGAUUAUUAGAAAUUUUAUCGAAGGAUAAGAAGCCGACUAUGUCCACAAUCACAAUAGGUUCAUUGAUCCAAAGGCAUCAGAACAUCAUCAUAUUUACCGAGAAAAUCGAGAGUCUAUACUCGUACAUUGCUCUGGCUCAAUUUAUUUCUAAUACCGUCGUUAUUUGCUGCUUAGGCUUUAUCAUCGUAAAUUCGAUUGGUACCGAAGGUUCCUCUAUGAUAAUAAGAUCACUUCUAUUUUACGUCGUCAUCAAUUUAGAAGCAUUCAUCUUUUGCUUUGCUGGCGAAUAUCUAAGUAUGAAGAGCAAAAUGAUCGGCGACGCGGCAUAUGAGUCUCUAUGGUACGAUUUGACUCCCAGUGAGACUCGAAUCCUGCUGUUCUUGAUAAUGAGAUCGCAAAAGCAAUUGACAAUCACAGUCGGCAGAUUCACGAACCUCUCUUUGCAACAGUUCGCGAACAUCAUUAAAUUGUCAGCUUCGUAUGUCUCUGUGCUUCUCGCGUUGUAACAACGGCUGCAGUUAUCAAUAUUGAUGUCAAUAUCAUUGACGUUUCAACGCAUUCAUUGACGCAGUGUUGCAAAUUGCUGACGUAAGUUGGGUGAUAGAAGAUUAUUAUAUUUUUAAUAAAGGCUAGUGAUCUGUUAAAAA